AUGGCGCCAUCGUAUAGUAGUAGCAACGGGGGCUACGGCUACAGUUCCUCUUCCUACACAUUCCAACCCAAACACCGCCGCUCCGAUUCAACCUCCGUUCUCGACGACAUCCGCGCUUUUCUCGCCCACUCGUCCCGCUCCGCCUGGCGCUUCUGGAGGGAACGCGGUCGUUUCAUGGCUUGGGCAGCCAUCGUCGAUGCCGGGCGGAGGCUACGACUGAAUCUGACGUAUAACCGAUUGUUCAGCUUCCCGCAUCUGUUGGUGGCUGCCUGGAUAGUGGUCUUGCUUUGGGGCGAGAGAUGGGUGUUUCAUUCGGCGGUGGAAGAGUGUGCAUGGGAAAAGUGGGAGAAAUGGCCCGCCGGCGCAGAACCUCACCACCUCGUUCUGGUGGCCGAUCCCCAGCUCAUCGACCCCCAUUCGUACCCCGGCCGACCGUGGCCGCUGAACCCGUUGACGAUGACGAUUGUCGAUAACUACAUCCGCCGAUCCUACACGCAGAUGCAAUCCCAGCUCGAUCCCGAUACGAUAUUCUUCCUGGGCGAUCUUUUCGACGGCGGACGGGAGUGGAAGACAGCACAUGGAGACUUUAGAGACCCGGAGUGGGGUCCGCACCCGAAAGACGAGCAGAAGUACUUGAAGAGCUGGAAUAAGAAGUACAAUGAGGUUUACUGGUUGAAGGAGUACGCGAGGUUCGGCGAGAUCUUCUUCAGUCCGUGGCUGGAGGCGGGACAGAAGCCGGAGAACGAGCAGAAGAGGAGGAAACUAAUUGCCAGUUUACCCGGGAACCACGACUUGGGUUUUGGAGCUGAGAUUAAGCUUCCCGUGAGGAACAGGUUCGAGGCGUACUUUGGCGAGGGCAACCGCGUGGAUGUUGUUGGAAACCAUACGUUCGUUUCGGUGGAUACGGUGUCGAUGAGUGCCGCUAGCUUGUCGGAGGUUGCCAGGCAGGAUGUGCAGCCCAUUUACAAACCGACGGAACACUUCAUCAACCAGGUGAAGUGGACGAAGCAGAAGGCUGUGGAGAAGGAGCUACGGUAUCUGAGAGGAGAGGUUCCCGAGGUUAAGCUGCACCACCGAAUCGAGGAGCUGAACAAGGCCAACUUCAAGGACCAACCGCGUCUUGUCAACGACGACAACAGCAAGAAGAUCCCCGACCUUCCGACCAUCCUUCUUACCCACGUACCGCUCUACCGACCACCCGGCACCCCAUGUGGCCCGAACCGCGAGCACUGGCCGCCCACACCACCACCCAAAGGCCAGACCGAGCCCGUGUUCCCCGACCACCGCAACGCCAUCUCUGUGUAUCGUGGGUACCAAUACCAGAACGUCAUCGACGAGAAGCAGUCCGUAAGCCUAAUCGAGAAAAUCGGCAAUGUCAUCCACGCCUUCUCUGGCGACGACCACGACUACUGCGAAGUAGUGCACGCGCCCAACCAAGGCUCCGUCCGCGAAAUCACCGUCAAAUCCAUCAGCAUGGCCAUGGGCAUCCCUACUCCCGGUUUCCAAAUGGUCAGUUUAUACAACCCGCUCGACCCAGUCACCGGCAAGCCCCUAGCAGGUGACGGUCAACCGACGAUCCAAACCCAUCUCUGCUUGCUUCCGAACCAAAUCAGCACCUACCUGCACUACGUCGGCCUGGGAAUCUUCUGCAUCAUCCUCCUCGCCAUUCGCGCUUUCUUGGUGCCCGUCCUCAACUUACCCAAAUUCGCCCUCGAUCUCGAUGCCGAUAGCCACGCGGCGAGCGGGAUUAGCAUCCUCCCCGUCUUCAAGGCCAAGCAGGAGGAUUACGACGAAUACAAUUUUCCUUCAGCCGGCUUCUCCGCCUCUUCAUCGAAGUAUGGCUCCUCAGCCACCUCGGGAGAACGACGAACUCGGACGGGGUCCGUGAGCUCGUCACUACGAAAAACCAGCCCUAGAAAUGGUGGUCACACCGAAAAGAGUGGAAGGAGUAGGAAAUCAAGCGUUUACAGUAAUAGUAAUAAGUCUACCAAAGGGUGGUCAUGGGGAGGCAAGCAUCAUCAUCAUGAGCCGAGGAUACAGAUUCCUGGAGAGGAAGAGGAGGAUAUGUAUUAUGGUGCGUCCACAGCAGGGUCGAAGUGGAGGGCGAAGCAAAACAGAAAAAAACCGAAGCCGAAGACGGCCAUGGGCGUGGUGGUGACGGAAUUGUGGACGACGGUUUGGAGGGUGGCGUGGAUGGUUGUGGCGGUUUUUGGGUGGUUGGCUUGGAAGGGGUGA